AUGUAUGGGCCGGAACCAAAAUGGCUUUUGCUGUCGGAAUUCAUUGAACAUUUCAAAAUUCAAGGUGCCACGCACUUCUACAUCUACAUCAGGGAAAUCGACGAGUAUAGCACAAUCAUUCUUAAUGACUAUGUCCGUACAGGAGAUGCCGAAGUUGUUUAUCUCCAUAAUACAUACGAGGAAUCAGACGUUGACUGGCAACAAAUGGAAAUUCAAGCAAGUAAUACGAACAUUUCCGACCCGUCGAUCGGUGGUAUUCAAUUUCGCCAACGAUGGAUUCUGAAAAAUGAUACCAUGCCUUUAUAUUACAAGGAUGAUAAUCAGAUUGCCACUUAUAUGCCUACACUACGAUACCACAAUACUUCUCAUGUGGGAGGCGUUGGCCAUACUGCUAAGUGCAUAAUGGAUCCGUUGAAGGUGCUAAUAAUGAAUGUGCACUUCCCUGACAAGUUCUAUGGCAAUUAUACUCUCUAUCAAUUGGAGCCAGAAGUUGGAGUGGUUAGGCAUUAUCGUGACGUCAACCUUGGUUCUUGGGGUCAUACAUGGCUCAAAGAAGUGGAAGGCAUGGGGAAGUUUUCGAUGACGGAUUAUCCAGCAAGGUGGAGAGAUACGCUGCGUGAAAAUGUGCAGAAACGAUUGCACUAUGUUUAUGGCGAUAAGCGAUAG